AUGUCUUUCGGAAAGCUCUACGGCUACAAGGAAAACGGCCGGUCCACCGUUCUAUUAGCUGUUGCAAAGGAGAACAACCUAGACAUCGAGCUCGUCGAGACCAAACCUCCUGUUCAGGAUCUGGAAUACUUCAAGCUCAAUCCUUUGGGCAGAAUCCCCACCUUUGUUGGCGCAAAUGGAUACAUCUUGACCGAAACCAUGGCUAUUGCUGUGUACUUCACUUCCCAGAAUGAGAAGACAACACUCCUGGGCAAGACAAAGCAAGACUAUGCCUCGAUCCUCCGCUGGAUGUCCUUCGCAAACACUGAGCUUCUUCCCAACAUUGCGAAUUGGUUCCGUCCACUGGUUGGACUGGACCCCUUCAACAAGAGGAACGUCGACGAUGCCCGUGAAGCCACCUUGAAGACAGUUAUGGUCCUUGAACAGCACUUUCUGGUACACACAUACCUCGUGGGUGAAAGACCAACCUUAGCCGACCUCUUCGUUACAUCUCUCAUAUCCCGCGGUUUCCAAUUCGUCUUCGACAAGAAAUUCCGUGAAGAACAUCCAAACACCACGCGCUGGUUCGAGACGAUUGCUAACCAGCCAACUUGGAAAGCUAUGGUUGACAAGCCUAUCAUGAUCGAUGAAGCUGUCAAAUACACUCCUCCCAAGAAAGAGCCAAAGCCAGCCAAACCCGCGCCAGCACCAGCCGCCAAGCCUCAGACUAAGGAGAAGAAGGAAGAGGAGGAGGAGGAGGAGGAGGAGGAGGAGGAGGAAGCUGCACCGGCUCCAAAGGCUGCAAAGCAUCCUCUUGAGAACCUGCCGAAACCAACCCUCAUCCUUGAUGACUGGAAACGCAAAUACUCGAAUGCCGACACCCGUGGAGAGGCCUUACCAUGGUUCUGGGAGCACUACAAGCCAGACGAGUACUCGUUGUGGCGAGUGGAUUACAAAUACAACGAUGAGCUGACCAUGACCUUCAUGAGUGCAAAUUUGAUCGGUGGUUUCUUCAAUCGUCUUGAAGCCUCCCGUAAGUACCUCUUCGGAGCCGCGUCUGUCUACGGUACCAGCAACGACUCCAUCAUUCGGGGUGCAUUCCUCGUCCGUGGCGAUGACGCUGUACCGGCGUUCGAUGUUGCCCCUGACUAUGAGAGCUAUGAGUUCACUAAGCUGGACCCCGCUAAGCCAGAGCACAAAGAGUUCGUGGAGGACCAGUGGAGCUGGGAUAAGCCUAUCGAGGUCGAUGGUAAAACGUACGAGUGGGCGGAUGGGAAGGUGUUCAAGUAG